UCUGUUUCAUGGGUUGGCUCUUCCCCUUCCCUCCCCUCAACCCGAGCAUAAUUGGGCGUCGCUGCCGCUGAUGGCGUCCUCUGCCCUCUCUCCUUCUCCUCCGUUCUCCUCCCUUCAUCACCGUCAACAGCGUCAUCUUCGUACUUCCGCAAGCCCUUCAUCCCUCCCCGCCGCCCUCUUUCCCCUCUUCGGCUUCCCCAAUGCCGACCCUCACCGCCGCCGCACUUCCCUUCUCAUCCUCUCCUCCUCCUCCAAUGCUAGGCCGGUCUACGGGCGUGAGUUGGAGCGGAAGCAGGAAAUACUGGAGAGCCACGGCCUCGACCCGUCGGACUGCAUCUCCCUAUCUGCCCACAAGCUGAGGAGGAGGAGGAGGGAUGAAGAAAACAGGGCUGGGAAGGGGAAGCGCAUGCCCCUGCCACUUGACGAGCCGAAGCCGCCGCCGCGGACUACCCAUAGGCUGCUUCAGGUGUUAGGAGGAAAAGCUCGCAGGAAGAAGUUGCUUUCGCCUAAAGGUAUGGAUGUCCGACCUAUGAUGGAAGUUGUCAGAGGAGCAGCCUUUGAUAUUUUACAGGUGGCUGGUGGCUGUCCUGCUUCGCUAAGGCCAGGACGCUGGUUGGACUUGUAUAGUGGAACUGGAUCUGUUGGAAUUGAAGCUAUAAGCCGUGGAUGUUCAGAGGUACACUUCGUUGAGAUGGAUCCUUGGGUUGUCUCUGAAGUGCUGCAACCCAAUUUAGAGUGGACAGGAUUUUCUAAUGUUUCAGUUAUACAUACAAUUCGUGUUGAAAGAUUCUUGGAGCAAGCUGAACAAUCUUCAGAUAAGAACAGAUCAUUUGACUAUAUAAGUGUCACACCACCCUACAUGGCCGUCGAUUAUACCGUGCUCAUGGAUCAUCUUGGAAAAUCACCUUUGGUUGGAGAAGACUGUUUCAUCCUGGUGGAGUAUCCCCUUAAGACUUUGUUGGCUGACUCUUGUGGUCAUCUCAUAAAAAUAGCUGAUAGGAGAUUUGGCAGGACGAAUCUGGUAAUAUAUGGCCCAUCUUGGGCUGAAAAGAAGAGGAAAAGCAGGAAGGAUUUACUGACAUUGGAGUAAACUUAUGCUCAGAAGUAGUUCAAAGGACGAAUUUUGAUCUGGAUCCUGUAAUAACUAGAAAGAUGAUUUUAUCUGCUGUAGCAAUUGCAAAAGCCAUGUUUUUGAAUUGAGAUGGAAGCAUUACAGUUCUCCAACAGAUUCAGGACUGCGGUUCUGUUUGGUUACUUUGGUAUUGGCUUUAGUAUCCAAGUUCGAGAUCAUCAGAUUGGUUACUGUAUAGUCCUUAUCAGAUCAUGCAAUAGGAUUUCUUUAUUUUUGAAACAAAGUGGAUUGGCCAAGACCAAUUCUUAAACUAAGCUGAAAUUUGGACAGAACUGGCCAGAAUUCACUGAAACUUGUUGGGAUUGGUGGGAACGGGAACCAGUUGUGAAUUGACUGAUUCUCAUCAAUGGUUGUCCAAUAUGGUUGGCAUCAGAAAAUUCAGACGAAUUUCCUGUCAAGUCUUUGCAGAUUCUUAAAGUUCUAAUUGAUCCUAAAGAGUCCAGAUAAUCAUCCAGGGGCAGUCCUUCGAAGUUCAAACCAUGUGUCGAUACAGUUUAUGGUCAAACAGUGAAACAAAAUCAACAUAAUAUGAUCAUUCCAUAAGGAUUUCAGAUUAGAUGUUUCUUCUGGUAUCUUCAGGGAGAUAAGUUUCUAGCCAUUUUCAUCUGCAUUUAUUUCUGAAAUUAUAUUUAUAUGUGUAAUAAGUUUUCUUUUCUGAUAUGGUUGAUGACAUGAAUGGGUUCUAUGCAUCCAGGCAAUUAUUAAUUUGUUGUGUCAACUUCAACAUUUCUAAGGUCUAAUAUCACAUUUUUUGCUGACUGGACAGACAAACGACUCCUCUUUCUGAAGAAUGUCCUGAAGUAGCUGAAAUGUUUUUGCAAAGGUGGUGCUGAAGAAGGUGAUGCUGUAUUGCCAUUGUGUUAAUGCAAAUGAUCCUGAGAAGGCAACAAUGUCACUGCAACACUCCAAUUGCUGUACCAGCAGGCAGAUCCAUCAUCUUAAUUGAUAUGCCUAAAAUCAGAUUAUAUUAUAUUUAUAAACACGAGUUUCUCUUGGUAUAUUGAGAUGGAUGCUUGAACUUGGAUUGUUUAUGAAGGAUAUAUGUUGCUAAGAGCCUUAAGAAGGGGCAUUCAUCUUUGCAGUACCCUUGGGUAAA